GACACAAGUCACAAGGUUUGAACACAAAGGUCACGUUAACGUUCGGUCAGACAUCGCCAACAUGCUCCCCAGACCGGACGUCUUCCUCCUCGUCCUCUGCCUCUUCGGCGCGACGCAGGCGCUGUACAAGCAGUGGAUCCCCGACACCAACUACGAGAACCGCAGCAACUGGAACACGGGGGUGGUCCCGUGCGGCCGCGACCGGGUGGCGUUCCCCGCCCCGGGGAGUGUGUACGUGGAGACGGCCCACUCGGUGCAGGAGAUGAUCCUGCCCUCCGACGGCGAGCUGCUCCUCCACGCGGGGGCCGGCUUCUACGUCGGGGGGGCCGAGGAGCCGGGGUGUGGGGCGGGCGCGGACGCCACCUUCAGGGACUCGGACGCCCUGCGGUGGUUCGACCCCGCCCUGUGGCGCGCCGCCCUGACCCCGGACGACCUGGAGACGGGGCGCCACGGCGUCUUCUCGGUCCACGAGGAGAGCGUCCCGUGCGAGCGGGACGACGUGGUCUUCAGGGCCGCCACCUCCUUCAGGGUGGACACCUCGUCCAGCGGCGGCGGCGUCACGGUGAGGAGCGUCUCCGUCCUGGGGCAGACGUUCAGCCGCCAGGCGGACCUCGCCCGCUACCUGGGCUCCGCCUCCGGCCGCGCCCAGUUCCACGGCGGCUCGCCGCUCGCCGUGGAGCCGUCGGGCUGCGCCGACCCCGCCGGCUGUGUGUGCGACAACUCGGCCAACCGGGGCCGCAUCUGCGGGGGGGUGGCGUGCCCCCCGGCCCCGCCCUGCCGGCGGCCCCUCCGGCCGGCGGGGCACUGCUGUGACGUGUGCGGCGCCCUGCUCUCCGUCCGCUUCGCCCCCGGGUUCAGCCUGCUGUCCUACCGCCGGCGGGUGCGGCAGCGGUUCCUGGAGCGGCCCGAGUACGCCGCCGUGCAGCUCGCCAUGUCCCGGGUCCCCGGGGCCCCGCCCCUGACGGGGCUGCUGCUGCGGGGCGCCGCCGCCGACGACCGCAUCCAGGUGGUGGUCCUGGACGGGGGGGCCGGCCUGCUGGCCGAGGCGCUGGCCCGGGACCUCCUGACCGACGUCGACGCCCACGGCGCCGAACUCGGGAUCCUAGGGGCGGAGAUCGGGGCGUCCUCCGGGAACGGGGGCGGCACGGCGGGGGGCCUGGCGGGGGCCCUGGUGGGGGCCUUCUUUGGGGUCCUGCUUCUGGUUCUGGUCGGCGUGGGCGGGGUCGUCCUCAGGAGGAGGGGCUGGAGGCCCCCCAGCGUCGCCAUGCCGACCAUGCCUUCCAUGCCCGCCAUGCCGUGGCUCCGCCGUGCGACCGUCGACGAGGCCCUUGGGGGGCCCAUGGACGCUGGCUUUGAGAACCCCAUGUUCGACACGCCCGGACUGAUGCCCGCCGUACCGGGUAUCUACGGGGCGGAGAUGACCCCCAUCUCCAUGACGACGCAGGGGGUGUACUUCGUCAACCCGGCUUAUGAAGAUCACGAAACUGAUUUAACUGUUUGAGGCUAAGCCUAAUGAAACUGGUUUAACUGUUUGAGACCUGGCUUAAUGAAACUGGUUUAACUGUUUGAGACCUGGCUUAAUGAAACUGGUUUGACUGUUUGAGACCUGGUUUAAUGAAACUGGUUUAACUGUUUGAGACCUGGCUUAAUGAAACUGGUUUAACUGUUUUAAGACCUGGCUUAAUGAAACUGGCUUAACUGUUUGGGCCUUGGCUUAAUGAAACUGGUUUAACUGUUUGGGCCUUGGCUUAAUGAAACUGGUUUAACUGUUUGAGACCUGGCUUAAUGAAACUGGUUAACUCUUUGAGACCUGGCUUAAUGAAACUGAUUUAACUGUUGGAGACGUCACUUAAUGAAACUGAUUUAAUAGUUUGAGACUCAAUCCAGGGGAAGAUUUUUUCCCUGUUGGUUUCUGUCCAAUACAUGUGAUUGAGACACAAAAUCUGCAACGGUGAAAAAGUAAAUAAUUUCUGCAGCAUUACAUUGAAACAUAAAUAAUCUAUAUUCUAUAUAUUGAUUACAAUGUGUCUCAUUAUUAAUAUGUUCACUAUAUCUACAUUGUUUUUUUUGCCUCUGAAAUGUAUCACAUAUAAUACCUAUAGGCCUACAAAGGGAGAAAUUCAAUGCAAUACAAACAUUUACAAACCUGUGUUGGCAUUUACUCUGCGUCAGUCAAAGCGACAGUGGCCUGCAGAGUGACCGUAGCCAAGAUCCUGUUCAAGUUAAGGCACACACUUUGAAUUACUUUUCUAAUUCUAAUGGGGUCCAAAUAGUCGAUAUUCAAUAUUCAAAACGAGGGCCAGUAAUACCAUAACAAGAUGGUAGUUUGUCUACAAACACACAGGGACCUUAUAUGGGUGCUGUGGCGAACUGGGACGUUUUGAGACCCUUUUAACAUAAUAAUACGAAUGAUGAAAAUCAAGUGACAACUGACAUCCACUUAGAUUACCCUGCACUUUAAUGCAAUAAAGUGCAGCACGUAGGAUUUUCCUCAAACGUAAACUGGAAAGCUGGAAAAUGUUUAAUUAAAAGAGUUUGCUGUGGAAUAA